GAUUACAGCCGCGGACCGGCUGGGCGAGCAGUGCGCAGGCGCGAGCGGUCUGGUCCCCUCCCGGACGCGCGCGGCGCGGUUGAAGCCAGAGUGAGUUGCUGAGGAGAGCAGGCGGCUACUUCUGUCUCCAGCAUGGCAGCUCUGCGCUAUGCGGGCCUGGACGACACGGACAGUGAGGAUGAGCUGCCUCCGGGCUGGGAGGAGAGAACCACCAAGGACGGCUGGGUGUACUACGCCAAUCACACUGAGGAGAAGACCCAGUGGGAACAUCCGAAAACCGGCAAGAGGAAACGGGUCGCAGGAGAUUUGCCGUAUGGAUGGGAACAGGAGACUGACGAGAACGGACAAGUGUUUUUCGUUGACCACAUAAAUAAAAGAACUACCUACUUGGAUCCAAGAUUGGCAUUUACCGUGGACGAUAAUCCGACGAAGCCGACCACCAGACAGAGAUACGACGGGAGCACCACCGCCAUGGAGAUCCUGCAGGGCCGGGACUUCACAGGCAAGGUGGUCCUGGUUACUGGAGCAAAUUCGGGAAUAGGGUUCGAGACUGCCAAGUCCUUUGCCCUCCAUGGCGCGCAUGUGAUCCUGGCCUGUAGGAACCUGAGCAGAGCCAGCGAGGCCGUGUCCCGCAUCCUGGAGGAGUGGCACAAAGCCAAGGUGGAAGCAAUGACCCUGGACCUGGCCGUGCUCCGUAGCGUGCAGCAUUUUGCCGAAGCAUUCAAGGCCAAGAAUGUGUCUCUUCACGUGCUUGUGUGUAAUGCAGGGACGUUUGCUCUGCCCUGGGGCCUCACGAAGGAUGGCCUGGAGACAACCUUUCAGGUGAACCACCUGGGACAUUUCUACCUUGUCCAACUCCUGCAGGAUGUUCUGUGCCGCUCAUCCCCCGCCCGUGUCAUCGUGGUCUCUUCCGAGUCCCACAGAUUUACAGAUAUUAAUGACUCCUCCGGGAAACUUGACCUCAGCCGCCUGUCUCCACCGAGGAGCGACUACUGGGCCAUGCUGGCUUAUAACAGAUCUAAACUCUGCAAUAUCCUCUUCUCCAAUGAACUGCACCGUCGCCUCUCCCCGCGCGGGGUCACAUCCAACGCAGUGCACCCUGGGAACAUGAUGUACUCAGCCAUCCAUCGCAACUCAUGGGUGUACAAGCUGCUGUUCACCUUGGCCAGGCCGUUCACCAAGUCCAUGGCAGUUGAUCCUGGAUCCUCUGGAACUGCGGUGGAGGGCACUGUUGGGACUCCGUGCUUACCAGACAUCACUGGAAAUACUGUAUAUGAUGUACUGGACUGACAGUGAUCCUGGGAUACUCCUGUAGGCCACACAGGUCCUAUGUGACUCUGGGUAUAUGACAUUGGUUCUAAGAGUCUUGGUUUCCAUUCGUGUCAAUUGAGCAUCCUGGUGGAUCCAUAGAGGAAUAGUGCGACAUGAACCUAAAUAAUAACUAGGGAGGGACUCAGCUAUUGAGGACCUGAGUUCCAUCCUCAGAUUGCACAUAAAAGCCAGAGGCAGUGACCCAUGCUUGCAGUUUCAGUGAUGGUGAGAUAGACAGAAAUAGAUGGGCGCUUGCUAGCCAACUAGCCCAGUCAACGUAUUGACAUUCCAGACCAAUAGGAGACCCCACCUGAAACAAUAAGUGAAAGGUGCCAGAGGAAAGACACCCAGGAUUGUCCUCUGACCUCCACCACCAAAAAUAUGCAUGCACACACAUACACACGCGCUAUCAUAAAAGAUCAAAUAUGAAGUAAGCCAUUAGAACGUCGUCCAUAGUUCUGCUACGUGGCUGCUUCCCAGUUGAAAGUGGAGUAUACUUCACUUUGGGUUUUAUUUCCAGUUAAGACAUUCCAUCAGUCAAGGGCCCUGGGCUUGUGCCUCCCUGCCUGGGAGGACCUUGAGUGGCCUGGUCUCCGCAGAUCGUCUGGAAUCCCAGGGCAAACAGGCCCCUUCAGAAAGAGUCAGCAUCAGCAGUUACACGCCUCCCUCUCCAUCUGCAAUGGGAUUUUGUGCUCGUUACCAGGAGAUCAAUAGUGAAAGCUGAUUCUGUUAGGCUUUCGGCGGCGGGGGUCAUUAAUCUCCUUCAGCCUCAGUUUCCCUAUCUGUGAAGUGAGUCUAACUGGGAUGAUAAUGAAGAGUUAGGUCAAGUGAGGUUGGCAGCCAGACACCUACCACCAGCUGGAACACAAGAACAUAUGUUUCCUCUACAACCCAGGUCAGCCGAGGUCCUCCUGUUUAGAAUAAUGAACUGCCAUGUCUGGAGUCUUCUCUCUCUUCUCUUGGUCGAAUAUUCAAGUAGAAACUGUGCUUUGUUCGCCCGCUGACCUGCACUUCAGUGCCAGUGACAACUGGGAGAAAACAAGAGGGUGACAAGCGAUUGUCUUUCCUAUGCAUGGGUGUGCAGAUGCAUGCAUGUAAUGUCAUGUGCAUGUGUGUGUGGAUGCAUGCAUGUCAUGUGCAUGUGUGUGUGGAUGCAUGCAUGUCAUGUGCAUGUGUGUGUGCACGGAUGCAUGUGCUAUCAUAUAUAUGUACAUGCAUGUAUGUGUAUAUGUAGGCCCUUGGGUGUCAUUCAGUUUUUGAAAGAGGAUCAUUGCCCCGGAGCUCAUGAAAUAGGUGAGAUUGGCUGGCCAUCAAUCCACAGGGAUCUGCCUGUCUCUGACACCUCAGUGCUAGGAUUGCAGGUCCAUAGCACCAUACCCAGCUUUUAUUUUAUGUGGGUCCUGAGGACCAACCACACUCAGGUGUGCCAUCUGCAAGGCAAGGGCUUUACUGACUGUGCCCAACCCUCUUCCUUUUUUAUUUUUUAUUUUUUCUUUUAAGCACUUUACCAGUAAGACUUACAUUUUCAUCAGUUCCUGUGAAGGAUUCACAUAUGUGUGUAUGCAUGCAAGUCAUGUGUAUUUUCCAUGUUCAAGCACUUAAACUGAAUUCAGGCAAGGCUUGUAUUUCUAGAAAGUUCUGAUCACCUAGUCUUCCUCUUCCCAGUAAAGCAGAAUAGAGAUGACCAUAAGCUAAGGUCUGGAGCUGAGGGUUAUCGCAGAAGGAAGGGGACGCAACGUGAUAUUGGAAUGGUCUAAGCUGGCCUUGGAAACCCCUACAGCUUGCUGGCCUCACAGUGCCAGCUGGAAUACUUGCCUCUUGCUGAUGAUAACCACAGGGUGUAUCUUGGUGUGGGUAACAAUUGGGGAGGGGGUGCCAGGCCUGACAGAUAGUGGGACAAUUUUAGUGUUUAUAUUCCACUGGGGUAAGCACUAACAAAGACCCGCCAUUUCCCAGAUAACCAAUUCUUUUAAAAGAACAUCUGUUGAAACUGGCAAUUUACAAUCUUCUUAAAAUACUGAGCGACAUAAUUAACCCUCCAGGGAGACUAAUAUUAGUUUAUUAGAGACAAUUUCUACUUCUGUUUAUUUUUUUACACUAAAUGAUUUGUUCAGAUUCGGGGGAGAAUGGUUUUGGAUUUUUUUUUUUUUUUUGGUUACGGUGUUGUUGUUGGUUUUUUGUUGGCUCUUCCUUUCUUUUGGAUUGGGUUGGGCUGGCUUGUAUUUGUAGUUGAAUUUUCCUUCUUAAUCAAGGCUAUGGAAGGUAAAUUGCUAGGUGAUAGUAUUGGUUCCCAUGGCCAUCAGACAUAAUUGGGUAGAACUCAACUGUGGAGCUCAGUUUGGCUUGUGAUUUUGAGUAACUGGGGGCCACACAAGCUUUAAGGCAUCAUAAUUUAUCUUAAUUGACCUCAAGUGCUGGCCAUGCAUCUGGUCAUUUAUGUGGCUGCCUUCGUCUGCAGCCAUUGGUCAGGCUUCUUCUAACAGUGAAGCUCUCUGGUGAUGGAAUUCUCUUCUGGCCAUUGCUACACAGCCUCCAAAAUUAUUUACACCUUUCACAAGGAGGUCAUGAACCCUGCUAUUUCAACACUGGGCUAAUGUCACACCUUCAGUUUGCUGAACCGAGUAGAAAGGAGACAGGACACCUUUUGACCUUUUUUUUUUUGAGGGGGGGCACACUUGGCCCUCACUUUUGCUUGAUUGUCCUCUUUAGAAUUGCAAAGCACCUAGUUGGAUACCUAGCCUCUGUGCUCCAAGUUCUCUGACCUGCAACAAGCCAGACUUUAACUUGGCUCUCUGUGUAUGGUGACUCUGCAGAGUCCCCAAUCCCCUUCCCAUAUUAGACAGUUUUCUGUUGUGGAAAAACACCAUGGCCUUCUGGUUUCACAGGGUUAGACCCCAUGUGACAGAGCAAAGGCACUGUGGCAGGGACCAGGUGAGCACUCACAUAUUGAUCCACAAGCAGGAGGCAGAGAGCAACACUGGGAAUGGCAUGAGUCUUUUGAAAACCCAAAGCCUGGCCCCAGGGACACACUUUCCCUAGUGGGGCCACACCUCCUCAUCCUUCCCGAAAAGUUUGACUGAAUGGGGACCGAGUUUCCAAACAUAUGAUCCGACAGAACUCAUCUUAGUCUAAGCCAGGAGAUUCUACCUUCCCUUCUCCAAGCUAAGUUACUAACCGUCCAGCGUAAGAAUCAACUCAGAGAGCAUCCCGCAUAGCUGUCUGAAGGGAUGCCCUCAUGAGCAGAGAGCAGAGAGCAUCCCACAUAACUGUCUGAAGGGAUGCCCUCAUGAGCAGAGCUUCAUAAAACCAAACAUGAAAUACAUCCAUACCAAAGUCACCACAGCACCCAUGCUUAUGGAAUAGCCCUGACUGUCGUCCACUCUACCUUUCUCCCCACCCCCACCUCCGUGUCUGCCUUCAUGACUGACUUACCGCUUUAAGAACAAUGAACUGGGCUCACCAUGGUCAUCUAUCCCUGAGGCUCCUGUCUGUCUGCCUCCUGGUAUGUCGUUACACUUGCCUAAAGUGUAAACAUCUUGGAUAUACCAAAAUAUAGUUCUCAGUGUCGGCUUACCCACAAAAUCUUGACGAGACCUUCCCUCACUUAGCCUGUUAGUGACCUCCUUCCUCCUUCUCCCAGCAUCCUAGUCUCAUCUGUAUCCCAUCUAGCCAGUAAAAUAGAGGCCUAUUGGACAGCAUGGUGUGGCCAUUUGCAGUCCUAGCCCAUGACCCCGUGGGCGUUCAUUGAACAGUUGUUGCAUUUAGUUAUCUGUCCUUUCACACUGUUGUGGAAAUACGAGGCCUACUAUUUCUUGGUAUCUUCUUUUCAAUGGAGAAUAAGGAUUCAGUAAGUCACAGAAUCUUAUCUGAUUAGGAAAUAUCGGCUCACACCACCAGAAAAUCUGAACAUUAAAAAGCAUCUUUGAACCAGUCAACUUGUGACUAGCUGAUGGGAUGAAGGCUUAAGGCUGGAACCAGAGACCAGUAGAAGUUGGAUGAGGCCUUAAUCAUGAGGGUGUGUUUAUGUGUGUGCCUUCCAAUUGAGUCAUCUUUUAUAUUCACCAGUGAGUGGGCAAGUUGGUCUGCGGCGUGGCCUACUGGAGAAACCACCUCAGUAACUCUUUAGCAACUAAACCCGUUCCUGUGGCCUCCUAGCCUUGCCCUCCUCAUCUAGAUGCAACAUGCACUCCACAGUGAGUUAGAAUAUUCAACAUUCCGUACACAUGAGAUGGAUCGCGGGUAGCAGUCAGAAUGUUGGCUCCUUGGCAUGUAAGACCAUGGCCCCGAUCAGAGACAUCUUUGACCUUAAGGACGAAGACUAGGACCGGCCCCCAGGAGUUAUUUACAAGAUCUCCAUCUCUUCACUGUCAAGGGAGACUGGAUGUAUACUUAAAUUUUGUCCCUGUGUUAGCUCAGAGAAAUUUAUUGUACCGCUUACAUGUCCUGAGUGACUCAAAUUGUCUUAACAAAGUUAUCCAGGAAGUAACUGGUUCUGAGAGAGUAUGCACCACCCAAUCAGAAUGCGAAUGAAUUGGCUUUGUCUUUUUUUUUUUUUUUUUAAUCCCCAUCGUCAGGUAUCUUCUUAUGACCUACCAGUAGCCCAUUGCCCGGUGUGUGAAGUGCUUGGGGGAUGGGCAUGGGAACAAUGGGUUCCCAGGGUAAAUGCUUCCAUAUCCCAAGUGGAACAUGGGAUACCAAGAAGGACAUCACUAACUAUUCAGCCAUCCAGACUACUAAUCCAAGGAGUCACUACCUAUAGUGCUUAUUUAGUAUGGGAGACAUUCCUCCUUAUCAUCCUAGCAAAGUGACAUCCUGUGUGAGUGUGUGCGUAUGCGUGUGUGUGUGUGUGUGUGUGUGUGUGUGUGUGUAUGUGUGAGUGUGUACGUAUGCGUGUGUGUGUGUGUGUGUGUGUGUGUGUGUGCACUCACCUGUGUUCGAUCCUGAGGAGGCCUGAGGUUGGCAUCUGGUAACGCUCUCAAUCACUUCUCCACCUUAUAUUUUGAGGCGGGGUCUCACUGAACUGCAGCUUGUCAUUUCAGCCAGGUCCCCUGGCCAGCUGUCCCCUGGGAUCCAGAAUCUGCUUGUCUCUGCUCUCUGGUGCUGUGGUUACAGAUGUGGGUUCUCACGUUUUCCUCCAUGUUCAGCAAGCAACCUAUCUAUGUCCUCCAUGUCCAAAGGGACACUCCGAUGAAAGCCGCCUGGUUCUUUGUGCAGAGAACAAACGGGGCCUCUUAGCCAAUGGCCUUUGGUAUUUUAUUCUCCGUGGUCUUCUGCUGUUGGAGGUCAGCCUUCUCCCAGGGAGAAGUUUUCUUCUAGAAAAACUUCCCACCAGUAAUAGAUGGGAAUAACUGGUGCUUUCUGCUGGGCGCUGCCUCCACGGGUUAGACACUCACUCUCCGAAGCACAGUCUAUGGUAAGGGUCUCUAUGUGAUGACUGGCGCCAGCAUUGCUCUGGCCUCUGGUUCAGAAGCUUCCAUAGAAGGCUUUUUUUCUUUUCUUUUCUUUUCUUUUCUUUUCUUUUCUUUUCUUUUCUUUUCUCUUCUUUUCUUUUCUUUUCUUUUCUUUUCUUUUCUUUUCUCUCCUUUUCUCUCCUCUUCUCUUCUCUUCUCUUCUCUUCUCUUCUCUUCUCUUCUCUUCUCUUCUCUUCUCUUCUCUUCUCUUCUCUUCUUGCGUUGCAUUGCAUUGCAUUGCAUUGCAUUGCAUUGCAUUGCCUUGCCUUGCCUUGCCUUGCAGUGCUCACUUCGGUAGCAAGCUUACCUUUUCAUUUCAUUGGACUUUGAUUUCUGCACACACGGGUUGAUGAAUGUGCAUCCCAUGUAGCUGAUCCGUGGCCCCAUCUGUGUUACAGCUCACAGGGGCACUUGCUUUGAGCCAUUCCAGAUGUCCAGAGUGCCAGUCAUUUUACAAAGAAUCUUUGAGAAAUUGGAGGAAAAUCAUUCCUCUUACUACAGGUUGUGAUUAAACAGAUAAGACUGAAACCCACCAUAAUUCACGCAUAUGAUGUUUAUCUGAUUCUUGCCCAGCUCUUAUGAAUAUAUAGCAUGUCAGGUCUCUCCGAAUACCACAUUACUCAGUUUUAGAGUUGGGAAUCCUGAGAUCGAAAGUACACAGCAAGACCAGGAACAGACAGGGGCAAUGUUUGUUUGUUUGUUUGUUUGUUUGUUUGUUUGUUUGUUUGUUUUAACCAUCUGGGGCCAUGUUCUGAUCCAGUGCAUGAUAUGGGAUUACAUCAGCUUUGUUCAAGUACACAUGUAUGUGCACAUGUGUGUGUAGGCCAGAGGGCAUCCUCAUGUGUCUUCUUUGGUGCUCCCCCUUAGCCUUUGAGAUGGAGUGUCUCAGUGCACAUGUGGUUUGCUGAUUUAGCUAUACUGCUGGUCUCCGUAUAACACCUGAGUCCUGGCAUUAUAUAAGUGUGUGUUGUCUCUGCACUCAGCUUUUUAGCCUGGAUGCCAGGGAAUCAUACUACUGUCCUUACGCCUGCCUGGCGAGCCCUUGACUGACUAAGCUGUCUCACCAGCCCCUGAUCUUUGCCUUCACUUGAGAAAGUUAACGGUGGCUACCUCUUCCCAAGUACCUAUGGAUUCUCCACUUGUAUAGCAGUGGCCAGAAGCUAGGCUAAAGUUCAGAUCAAAGCCUGCAAAUGCUGUCUUCCCCUCCGCAUUUUGGAUGGGUUGAUACAUAAACGUAACACCAACACAAAGCUGUGAGCAAAACCAACAGCAACAACAGCAAAAUUGUGCCUCUGGAAGGUAAUUUGUAUGGCGGCACUCGGUCGAGCUGGGUCGUUGAGCCAGGGGCUGCCUCUGUGAGUCUCACAAGUGCCCAGAGUGCAGAAGCCCCAUCUCCUGGGUUUGCGUGGCCCUGGCUUAAUGGAUUAUGCAUUGGUCUUGUGUUUAAGAAGCAGCAGCAACGUGAGGCCGGGGCCAUCGGUCCUGGAGACUUUACGUGGAGCUCUCUGUCAAUUACCCCUCCCCCCCAUCCUUAUGGUAUGGCCUUUCCUGUAAUUACAGUCAAGAUCCUAUAGCCGGAGGAAGGGCUGUCAAUUGAGUAGGAGGCAGACAGGAGGUUGAUGUCCAUCGUACAGUGACAGGCCAUUCAGAGGGCUUCAGGCUCAUCCUGAGAGAGGCUACCGGCUUCCUCCUUGGGUACUCGACUGCCACCCGGUCUCCCACCAUCAGAGGAACGGAUGCGCUUGUUCUGUGGCUGAGCCUGGAGGUCAGGCCCCUUGGACGGGAAGUGGAGAUGAGCCAUCGAUCUACAUUUUUAAAACUGAGAAGCAUAAUUUUGCAGGCCAACCCCCCGCCCUUAAAGGAGAUCUAAAAAGAUGGGGAAUAGAGUGCUGAUUGAGUCUCUGCCCCGGGGAGUCUGUCUAGGUAGAAAGCCAUAGACAAAGAAACAGUUUCUUUUUUCUUAUUUUUAUUAGUUCAUUGAGAGUUUCAUACAAUGCAAUUUUUAUCUCAUUUACCCCUCCCCCAUCCCUCCUAGAUCCAUCUACUUCCCUACCCACCCAGCUUUACACCCUCCUUUUUCUUAAAACCUACCAAGUACAAUUUAUACGACACAUCGACCCUUGGAUAUUUGGCCUUCACCAGAUGGUGAUCUGACCACCAGGGGCCACACCUCCUAAAGAGAAUGGACAUUCUUCCCAGGAGCUAUCAACAGGCCAUACAUAGCUCCUUUGCUAGGGCUUUGUGAGUACCUUCUCUCCGCGCUGGAAUUUUUGUCCAGCGUGAACCUGUGCAGGUCAGCUUGUAUUGUCUCAACUGCUGUGAGUCCUUAACGUGCAACUGCUCAGCUGUGCCCAAGGCACACUGGUUCCUUUGUAGCCACUCGUCCCCCGUGGCUGUCACAUUAUGUCCCCCGGCUUUCUGCCAUAAUGGACGAGCUCUCAGCAGUUGACCCUUGAUCGGCCGUGGGUCUCCAUAUUCUCUGCCAUCUACAAAGAGAGACUCCUCCGAUGACGCUUGGCCACUGCACUAAUUUGUGAUGAAGUGAUUAGGUUUUACUUUAAACCAAGCAUGUUUUUUUUUCCUUUUUCCUCUCAAGUUAACAUAGAUUAUUUUCAUAAGAUUGAAAAUAAAGAUCGUUGAAUUUACUUCUCAUGACCAGAGAUUUCAUGGGGGAUGGGGGGGAGGCUCUCAGGUCAGCAAACAAAGCAAUGGGCUGACUCACUGCUGUUGUGUUGAGAACUUCCUGUGCUCACAUCGUUUAUACUCCCCUCUGUCCUGACCCCUCCUGUGUCCACCCUCUCAAAUUCAAGGACAGUCACCUUGUCUUUUAAGUGCCCAGAGAGGUGUGUAUGCUCCCAACAGAAGAGUUGGCGUGCUGUAGAUGGGAAGCUAUUUGGACUGAAGUAGACUAGACUGGUCUCUUCCUUCAGGGCCAUAGCUACACAGCUUCCGGCCACCAGGACAGUGAAGGAACAAAGGCUCUGAGUUAAGUCACAGGCUCCCUGCUCGUGAGGCCUCAGAAUCUGUUUUGGGGGAGGUGAUAACAGUGACUAGCUUUCUAUGACUGGCCUGAGGACAGAAAUGGCAUAUCUACCCCUUGGUCUCCCGCAGCUUAAUAAAUACAUGUUCCUUGGGGCUCAAGGCAAGUGUGGGAGCUCAGACUUGCCUUGGUGGGACUGUGGCUGGGUGAGAGCCCGGUUUGUGGCUUAGAAAGAGAUACCAGACUUCCAGAUAAUUAAUUUAAGAGACCAAUAUUCUGAGGGGAAUUUGAAAAGAAAAUGUUUAAUUAAAGUUAAAAUUUUAAAUCAGCAUAUAAACUAUCAGUAUCAUAAUGGCAUUUAAUUUUUAAAAUGUAUUUGUAGUGUAUAUAUACGUUGUAGGAGGACACAUAUACCCAAGUGUGCACUUAGCAGUCAGAGGACAAGUUGUGGGACUCCAUUUUCUCCACCGUGUGGACUCCGAAGAUUGAAUUCUGCUCUGUCCAACUUGGCAGCAGGCACCUUUACCUGCUGAGCAUCUCGACGGCCCCGUGAUGGCAUCUUAGAACAAAGUUUGUUGUAAUCUAUUCUCAGUCAGUUCUCCUAUCUCCCUCUCCCUCCCCUCGUUCUUUCUGGCAUUUUUAAGAGAGCAUUAAUACUGUUACCAUGGGAUGGGGUGGGAAAGGAGACUCUGAGAGGCUUAACACGUUCUGUGGUUCAUUCUUACCUCUUCGAGCCUCUCAAAUUAGCGAGGUUUGUCACAGGCCAUUCAGAGCUCAUAUGAGAGUGAAGGGAACCAGGUCUCAGCAAGAGUCUCUCACAAAGGUGACUAGAAGCAAGGGGACAUUGGUCUGUAAAGAUUUAGCAUGAGAGUGACGUUAGUGUUAUGGGGAACCCUUUCUUUGUGCUUAACUAUAAAUGGAACCACCUGGGUGACCUUGCCUUCCUGGACACUGAGAGACCGGCGCAAUAAUGAUUGAGUCUGGAAUAUUAUAAAGGCUAAAGAAAUAAUUCUGCGGGCUUUCAGUCUAUUAACUAUCUGAGGCUUCUUAAUAGUUUGGCUUAAGGCAAAAGUGAUCUUAUUCAAAUUUCAUCCCAGUUGAGUCAAUAAUUAACUUAACUGACUUUGAUUAAAACUGAGUUUUCAUAAGUAUCCAAACCAUCCAGGCCUUUCUUUUUCCAUACGAAAAAUGGUGGCAGAGAACUUGGUAGUCUCUCCAGAUGGGGCUAGCCCACGGGGAGCCUGGCUCUCCACUGGUCUCUUUGUAAACACCUCCUGUCCACCUCUCUGCUUUCUCCUUAGACAGCUCCUCUGGACACGUGAUCAUCCUGGUCCCCUGGGGACUCACUUCCAUGUCAGGGACCAUGGUGCCUUUGCUGUCUUCCACAUUGGGUCCAUGGCACUGGCUGUGGGGUCUCCUGUGUCCUUCACUAACCUCCUUUAGAGACUCCUCCCACCACAUGGUGAUCUCCAAGUAUCUGAUUGUCUUAACCUCCUAGACUUGUUCUCCUCCAAAGUUAAGACCAUUUUUCAUUAUCAUUCACCAGUCUCAUACAUGAGUACAGUGUAUUUAGAUUAUAUUUACCCUUCCCCCCCAACUACCCCCAGACCUCUCACAUAUGCCUCCCAACUUCUUGGGGUUGUUUUUUAUUUUUGUUUGUUUGUUUUUGUUUUUUGGGGUUUUUGUUUUUAUUUUGGUUUUUCAAGACAGGGUUUCUCUGUAUAGUCCUGGCUGUCCUGGAACUCACUCUGUAGACCAGGCUGGCCUCGAACUCAGAAAUCCGCCUGUCUCUGCCUCCCAAGUGCUGAGAUUAAAGGCGUGCGCCACCCACUGAGUCCAAUCAGUUUUACCCAUCCAUGUGUGCGUGGAUGUGGGCCCAUCCACUGGAGUAUGGGCAACCUACCAGAGGCCGUAUGCUCAAGAAAACUCUCUUUCUUCAGCAGCCGUUACCUUCUCUAAGCAUCUCAGCUAGGGGGAUGGCCUCCUGAGCCCCUUCCCUAUGUCUGCAGGGAGGCUGAUUGGCCGGACCUUGUGCAGGUCUUCUACCUGCCACCACAGCUGCUAUGAGGUCAUGAUGCAGUAGUCCUGCAAGUUCAUGUGUCUUUCUGCUGCAGCCCCUGUAGCAAACCUGGGACUCAGCACCAACAGGCCAGAGAGCACACCCUGGAAGGCCUUUGUGUCUCAGAAGCUGAGAAUGUGGGCCUCCUGCUGUGGCCCCUCCUCACUGUCUAUCUCCUGGUGUUAUGCUUAGGCUCUUGUGGGUUGGUCUAACCAGGAUUGAGAGGUGCACACAUAAAACUAUAUACGUGCACGCAUAACAUCAUAAGUAAAUGCAUGGCGCAUUUGGCUUAAAAAAAAUCAAUUACAAAAAGGAAAAAAAAAAUAAAAGGGAGCUGAGAGAAAAGCCAAUUGAAAUUUGGUUGCCGCGCACAGGAAAAGAUAAACAGAGCAGCUUGACUAUAAACAGAAAAGACAAGAGCAGAUCCUGGUAGUGCUGAUGGCUUUGGAAUAUGAGGCUAGGGUAUGAGCCUGCAUCCCAGCAAGCAUACCUGCGAGAUGCAGAAUUCUGCCAGCCCAGGGAUGUUAAUACUUAUAUCCACCACUGCAGCACUCCCAAGGCCCAGGCUGCUCAUUGCAGGGGGUUGGGGGUGGGGUGUGAGGCUCCAGAAUGAAACAAAAGCAUUUGACACAGGUUCUAAGUCUCCAUCUCCACUGCUGAGAUUACAUUGAAUUUUCCCGGAGUCGUUCAGUUUUCCUCUGUGCAGAACGUAGCUAGCAUUUCCCCCUAUCUUCCCCCCAUUGUCCCUUGUUUUGUUUUGUUUUUUAAUUAUUCUUUCCUUUCUAUCUGUUUUUUUUUUUUUUGUCUGUCUUUUUUGUUAGUGUUGCAAGGCUGCAUAUGGCCACAUAGAGUCAACCACAGUAACACUUCCCUCAUGGCCCAAACAGUGGCAAGAUGUGCCAGGCACAUGCUGCUGGAACACCUGGCUGAGGCCCGGGCAUGUCUUCCCAUGCCUGGGAGUGGGUACAUGGCUCAUAAUGUUUUACAAAACAGGGGGCUCCAUCCCAAUGACUUGGGUGCCAUCCCAAUGACUUGGAGCUGUCUUCCAGCUGGACGGGCUGCCCAGGAACACAUGUAUGUUUGUGCUGGAAGCCCCACCAAUAUCAUAUCAUCCAAAAGCACUUUUUUUUUCUUCUGUGAUGAAUUAUUCAGGCAAUGUUUUCCAAAAUUGUCAUUGAUCGGUACAGACCCAGAGAGAGUGUUACAACAGCGUUGUGCUGGGCCCUGUGAGGGGUCGAUAUUUUCUGGCCUCAUAGAUGUUCCAAAAGGAAGGAGGGGGAAAGGAAAGAAAGUAAAAGACAUUGUGGGGUUUUUUGUUGUUUUUGUUGUUGUUGUUGUUGUUUUGGGUUUUGGUUUUCUCGGCACAGUAAAGCAAUGCAGGUACCACUCCUGGGUGGGGCACAUGGUUAGCUUGGAUUGAAACCCAGCCCUGGGAACUCGAGGCCUGGCUGGGGUGAAGGUGGGGACACAAUAUCCUCAGCUACUCAGCAGCAGUAAUGUGGAGUAGGAAAAGGAGAUUCCUACAUGGCACUGGUUGAAGACCCCAUUUAAUUCACAUAAAACUCUAGGUCUGAACAAGAAUGACUUCCUUGAACAUAUACAAGGAUGUGUAUGUGUGUGCGUGUAUACACACACACACACACACACACACACACACACACACACA